CCUGACCCCUACAUGCAGGAAACUCAGUUCAACGGAGCUGCCCAGGGUUACGUAGUACAGACACAUCCCCCGGUGGGGACCCUCCCCAUCGGAGGCUACAUGCACCCGGGGUAUCCGGUCCAGCUACAGCCUUGCACGGCAUAUGUGCCCGUCUACCCUGUCGGGGCGCCCUAUCCUCAGGCCAACCCGCCUCCACCACCAACUCUCUCCCCGACACAGAUGACACCUGGCAUCGCCAUCUUGGAACCCCGGCGCCCACCACACGAUUACCUUCCCAUCGCUGUCCUCACCACCAUCUGCUGCUUCUGGCCCACAGGCAUCAUAGCUAUCAUCAAGGCCAUACAGGUGCGGACCGCAGUUGCCCGUGGCGACAUCGUAUCGGCCGAAAUUGCCUCCCGGGAGGCCCGCAACUUCUCCUUCAUCAGCCUGGCGGUGGGCAUUGCCGCCAUGGUCCUGUGCACCAUCCUCACAGUGGUGAUCAUCAUCGCCGCUCAGCACCAUGACAACGACUGGGACCCCUAGCGACCAAUCACCUUUCUUUGGCCUACUCCCGUACCCUGACAACUGGUCACAACCGCCCUGGCAACAGCCGUCCUCGGGGAUGGUCCUUGGCAACCGCCUCCCCUCCUCCUCCCCCGUCUUUGCCCUGGCCGACGACACUCGGAAUGCUUGGCAACCCGUCUCCGCCCACUCCCCACCCACUCCCAUCAUCCCUGGCUGUUGUUGGCCUUGCUAGCCGUACCAACUCAGCAAAUGACUUCCAGGCGAUGCCAUUCAGACGUGCUCCAUAAGCUAAGGCUCCUAGCAAAAUGCUUGCCCUCCCGUCCGUUCCUUCCCAGAAUACGUUGCUUGCUUCUUUCCUUCCUGAGGAGUAGGCUCCGCCUUCUGUGACCAAGCGAUUACCAUCUUCCUCCCGCUGUGUUUGCAUGCCUAGUGCUGCCCUUCUAUGGACCGGGGCACCAGCGCAGUCUUGGUGAAGCCCUGUCUCUCUGCCCCCAGCAUUGCUGUUUUUGCAAGUUUAAAUUCUGCACCUCGUAGUGCUGGCCACUCUCGUCCCCUCCCCUCCAUAUCAUCUCCUGCCCUCUUUUCUCUGUGGGCACUCCGUCUUUACAAUAGCUAGAGGUACCCAAUAUUUGGAGAGCCCGAUUGGCUAUCUCCUUGUUUUAUUUUUAUUUUAGGGGUGAAAGGAACCAUCGCUUCCGAACCAAGUGAAACAAUUCCUGUCUGUAAUUACAGGAAGGCAUAUAUUUUCAUACACUGUUUAGAGAUGUUGCAUUCGGUAAGCACGUAAAGCAGUGUUUCUCAACCUUGGCAACUUGAAGAUGUGUGGACUUGUGGACUGAAGAUGUGGCAACUUGAAGA